AUGGCUGCUGUAGCUGUCCCCACCUCGGGAGAGGAAAUCUCCGCUCAGUCAUACGUUGGAUUCGACUCUAUCACUCGACAAAUCGAGCACAAGCUCUUGAAGAGAGGCUUCCAAUUCAAUGUCAUGGUAGUCGGCCAGACCGGUCUGGGCAAAUCAACCCUCAUCAACACUCUCUUCGCUUCGCAUCUCGUCGAGUCUAAAGGACGCUUCGAGGCCGAUAUCCAGCCUCGAUCUACGACGGAGAUCCACGCGCAGUCGCAUGUCAUCACUGAGAAUGGCGUGAGGCUCAAGUUGAACAUCAUCGACACGCCGGGGUAUGGGGAUCAAAUCAACAAUGAGGGGUGCUGGGAUAGUAUCGUCAAAUACAUCAAAGACCAGCACUCGGCAUAUCUCCGGAAGGAGCUCACGGCGAUGCGAGACCGUCAUAUCCCGGACACCAGGAUCCACUGCUGUCUUUUCUUCAUCAACCCCACAGGCCACACGUUGAAGCCGAUCGAUAUCGUCGUCCUCAAGAAGCUCGCCGAGGUGGUCAACGUCGUUCCCAUCAUCGCCAAGUCGGAUGCUUUAACACUGGAGGAGAGGCAUCUCUUCAAGCAGCGUAUCAAGGCUGAGCUCGUACACAGCCAGAUCCGCCUCUACCCCUUCGACGCGGAGGAGAACGACGAGGAGGAGUUGAACCUGAACGAGCGGAUCCGAGACAUGCUCCCCUUCGCUAUUGUCGGCUCGGAAAAGUCUAUCGUGGUCGACGGCAAGCCAGUGCGGGCGAGGGUGAACCGGUUCGGCGUGAUCAAUGUGGAGGAUGAGAGGCACUGCGAGUUCAUCUAUCUCCGGAACUUCUUGACAAGGACCCACCUCCAAGAUCUGAUCGAAACGACUGCGCAGAUCCACUACGAGACGUUCCGCUCCAAGCAGCUUAUGGCGCUCAAGGAGUCUUCGGCAAAGCAACAACAGGCGUCUACUUCAUAG